GGCAGUCCAUUGUCGCAGACAAGCGACAGCCUGAAGAAGUUGCUGUCGACUGUGAAACGAACCGCUGAACAGGCACUCAAUCAAGCCAUAGCGGCUGGUGGAGCCGAAACUGACGACAUUCUUAUGCAGAACAUGAAGCUCCGAUCCCUACUGAGUACAAAGCGCGAGUCAGCACUAGCAUCUCUUCGAGACAAAUACGAGGCUGACAAGAAAGCCCACCAGGUCUGGUUUCACCGUUGGCGGACUCAUAGGAUCCGUUAUAUUGUUCGAAACCGUCAUUUCAGAGAGAUCAGUGAACGCAUGCGACGUGAGCUGAAACAGCUCAAAGAAGAUGCUGCCACUUUUGCUAGCCAUCGGGCCAUGUUCACUGCUCGAUGUGAAGAACUUCAAGCUCAGGUCGAAGAGUUAGAAGCGGAUCAACGCAAUAGCGAGGAGGAGAAGAAAACACUCAAUCAGCUGCUUCGCCUGGCCAUCCAGCAAAAGCUCACACUUACACAGCGUCUCGAGGAUGUUGAAGUAGACCGUGAUCGGCAAGCGCUACGACAAGGCGGCGGGAAGCGGCAGGGUGGUCCGGCCAGAAGUGGUGACGGCUUUCAACCCCGCGUCAUCCGCUAUCCCACACAGCAGCAGUGUUCAGAGGCGACUGCGAACUCCUCCAGUGUUUCUUCCUCUCUUCUCCGACGGGUUUUUGUUUCACAUGAGCUGGUGAAUGUCGAUAACGGCCGUUACUCAGGCAAAGUUAUUCAUUGGCUGCUUUGUUGUGGCCUCUAUCUCAGCUACCUGGACGAGGAAUGCAUCGGUUGCGAGAGUUGUGAUGAUCCGGCAUGUGUACUGGAUUCUGCCUUUCUUGAUCUUGCCGUCGUCGACGAGUUGCGAUCACAAUUGCCAUCGACUCGUCUGUUCGCUGAUAUCGAGCUGGUAAUACUGCUCUAUGCGUCUCUGGCGUAUUUCUGGCUGUUUUUCGUGUUCGUUCCUCGAUACUAG